AUGGGGAAGAGCUCAAGCAAUCACACAGUCCAAGACCGGUUCAAACACUCAGGUGAAACCGUUAGUCGCCAUUUUGAGAGAGUUCUCAAUGUAAUAUAUAAAUUAUCAUUCGAUUAUGUUCAUCUACCUUUAAGUAGCUCUCCUUCAGAAAUUCGCAAGAAAAGCAUUUAUUAUCUCUUUUUCAAGAAUUGUAUUGGGGCAAUAGAUGGUACCCAUAUUCAUGUGAGUAUUGGUGUUGAAGAGCAAGCUCCACAAUGGAAUAGGAAAGGCUUUUUAUUACAAAAUGUAAUAGUAGCUUGUUCUUUUGAACUUCGCUUUGAAUAUGUACUUGUUGGGUGGGAGAGAUCAUCAUCAAAUUCUUCUGUGUUAAAAGCUGUACUAAAAUCUAAUUUCAAGGUUCCCAGAGGUCACGAUAAAUAUUAUCUCGUUGAUGUGGGUUAUGCAAACACACAAAACUUCAUAGCUCCAUUUAGGGGGAAUGUUAUUGAACGUGCAUUUGGCUUGUUGAAUAAAAGAUUCCCUCUCUUGAAAGUGGCAACAAUAUAUCCUUAUGAAACACAAGUUAAGAUAGUCGUUGUUGCUUGCACUUUACUUAGUCAUAUCCGAACUAUAAUAGAUGGUGAUGAUUGGCUCUGUGAGGAGUAUGAUAGGGAUCUUACACGUGGAUCACUUAAAGGAACAAAUAUUCAACAUAACGAUGUAAACCCCCAAGUUGAUAAAAAUGAUGGUGAUGAACUACGAGAUCUUGUUGCUAAAGCACUUUGGGAUGACGAUUGUGCUCACUAUUGA